AGGCUGGGCCUGGUUUGUGUAGCCUCAGCUCAGUGCUGUCUGACACCCAAGUACUACCUGAAGCACUUUUCCAAAUUUCCCUUGAUGGUAAUGUUUGGAAGAGGCUGUAGGUACUGAGGCUGGGUUGGGUUGGCUCAUGGAGCUGGCUGUUAAGUUAUGUGGAAGCAUCACCUGUCUCCUGCUUGGCUCCAACUAGCCCUGUCCAGCCUCUGUUUCUGGUGCCUUUCCUCACUGGAGUACCUUACCCAGGAGCCUACACGUGUGCUGAAGUGAAGACUGCAGGCUCACCAAGGUCCCUACAAAACGUCAGGGCCAUUGGAGCCUAUCUUGACAGCAUGGUUGGAAAACACCAGGAUCCUGGUGUUUUCCAAGUGCUCUCCAGAGUGCUGUGCUCAAAAGGAAGAGAUCACAGAAUCACAGAAUGGUUGAUGUUGGAAGGGGACCUCUGGAGUCCAUCUGGUCCAAUUCCCCUGCUCAAGCAGGGCCACCCAAAGCUGGUCUCCCAGGACUAUGUCCAGAUGGCUUUUGAAUAGCUCCAAGGAUGGAGACUAGAGAUAGGAGAAGAGUUCUGCUUUGAAAGCUCUAGCAGUAACUAGAGCUUUGCUAAAGGCCAUGGCUAUCAACCUGACUCAAGCCAAUAAAAAUCAAACCUGGUUCCUUAAUGAUGAAGGUGAGGCAGAGAAGUUGUUUCCUGAUGAGAUGGAGCAGCUGGAGGCUGUGUGGUUAGCUGCAGAAAUGUGGUUGGCUGCAGAACUUCACUAACACUAAUGAAGGAUGGGAUGCAGAGGGACUGCACUGGAGUUGUCUCCUGGAAAACUCAUAUGUGUGCAUGACCUCAGAGCCUGAACUAGAAACAGCAAUCCUUGGUGAUCAGACAAAGGAGAGGUUGCCUGCUGUGCAUGAGUUACAUUGGUCUCAAAGCAGGCACCACCAGGUGAUACCACAUAAAAUGCCUAUCGGGAGCCCCAAAGAGCCCCCAUCUCCUGCUUAGGCCCUUUACAGUUGAUCAGACUGGAAGGAGGCAGCUGCUUAAAGUGGAAGGGGAAGAUCCUGUUUCAUUAGCAAGGGCUCAGUAGGACUAAAGAACCAGCCUCAUGCAGCAUCUGGUUCCCCUUCACCUGAGCCCAAGGUUUCCUCUGCCUGGUUUGCUCCUGAGCUGAGUCUGAUGUUGUUGAUGCAUCAGGCAUGGUAUGACUUGCAGAGGUAGAAGCUGUAAACCUUGGAGUGGCUACUGGUUUUCUGUUGUUUUGUGAGUAUUGACUAAGUAUUUCUGGGCUGGGGGGAGCUCUCUGUCACUAAUUACAGCUGCCUGGCAGAGGUGCCAGGGGAUUCCUUGCCUGGCAGGAACAAAACCAAUAAAAAUAGUUUGUUUAUGGCACUCACCAUUGGGUGAAUUUACUACAGCAGCCAAAAGCAAAUCCUGAGAGUCCUGUAUCAGUUUCAAACAGGCUGAAGAUUGCUCUCUAGCUUGUUGAGUCCAACUCUUUUGUGAAUGAAGGGGAGUAAAUCACUGUUCAUCCUCUUUGCCUUACCAGAGGGGCCUCAAAAGGCUGCCCUGAUGGUGGAGGAGCAGGGAAGGAUAGGAGAGUAACAUGUUUUUCACAGAGGACAGAAGAAAGUAAGGCCUUGUACCAGGGCCAGGGGUUUCAGCAUGCAUAUCUGAGAAGCUUCCUUAAGAAUCAAGAUGGGGACUUGCCAGAAGCACUUGCGAGACGGCACUCCAUUGUUGGAAGUGCUCUGCACUCAUGCUUGCUGGGCAAGCUGCUGCCCUGGAUACCCUGCUCUGCCAGCCAGACUCUUGCUGCCUGGCUGUGGUUGGAGUGUAGGCUCUUUGGGACAGGGACCACCUCUGCUCUGGGUUCCUACAGCAUUGUGCAUGUGUAGUGAGGGACCAUAGCUGGGAUUUCCAAACUGUCCUGCAAUGGAGCUGGUAGCAAUGCUGGACAAGUGGCAGGGCUUUGCCAAUGGGACUGGGAAGGUGUGAGGAGAAUGUAGCAGGCUGGUUUUGAGGCCCAGACAUGUUUUGCUCUGUACAGGUCCCAGUCCUAGAGCUGGAAGGAAGGUAUGCAUUACCCCAGUGUUUGCCCAGGUCUAUGAGAUUGGGAUCAUCUCUUGGAAAGGUAGGGUAGCCCCUGAGUUAGUGAGGAGAGUUGGUUGGACUAUAUUGAGCACAGCAAGGAAAGAGUGGUAAGUUAUUCCCAGUUUUGACUGCCUAGGUGCUAGCCUCUGGUGUGGAAGUGUCUUACGCUUGCAGAUUUUGGCCUCAUAAAGCUUGGCUGUUGUGAGUUACCAUCAGUCACAAUGAGAAAUAUGUUUCUCAGAUCAAGCGUUCCUUGGCUUCUCAGUCAGCUGGAGUGGCUUUUGGUUGAGAACCUCUGGGUAAGGAUGAAGGGAAAAGCAAAUAAAGCAGAUGUUACUGUGGGAGUCUACUAUCUACUACCCAGCCAGGACGACAACACCGAUGAAUUAUUAUCUACAAGUAAUUAAGGGAUAUCUCUAGAUCAACUGCCCUUGUCCUUAUGGGUGAUUUUAACUUCCCAGACAUCAACUGGGAAUAUCAUACAGCAGACACAAACAGGUCCAGGAAAUUUCUGAAGCACAUCAUUGAAGAUAACUUCUUGGUGCAAGUACUGAGGGAGCCAACUAGGAAAAGUGCCCUCCUAGAUUUGUAGUUUGUAACCAGAGAGGGACUCAUGGGUGAAGUGGUGAUUGGUGGCUGGCUUGGUCACAGUGACCACAAAGUAGUUGAGUUUCAAAUCAUUGGCGAUAGGAGAAAAACUGCCAGCAAAACUUCAACGCUGGAUAUGGGGAGAGCAGACUUCAGGCUGCUGAGGGGGCUAGUCAGUAAGGUCCCCUGGGAAUCUGCUUUUGAAGGUAUUGGGGUCCAUGAAUGCUGGUCACUUUUUAAGAGCCAUCUCUUAAGAGCACAGGAGCAGGCAAUUCCAAAGUGUCAGAAGUCAUGCAAGUGGGGCAGAAGGCCGGCUUGGCUGAGCAGAGAUCAUCCUCUAGAAUUUAUGCAGAAAAAGAAAGUGUACAGACAUUGGAAGCAAGGACAGGCAACAUGGGAAGACUACAGGGAUGCUGUUCGCCACUGUAGGGAGAAAAUUUGUGUGGCCAAAGCUCGAUUAGAGUUCAAGCUGGCCAGCACUGUGAAGGACAACAAAAAGAGCUUUUUAAAAUAUGAUAACAGCAAAAGGAGAACCAGAGGUAACAUUGAUGAGGUCAGUCAACUCACAAAUAGAGAUGCAGACAAAGCAGAGAUGUUUAAUGCCACCUUUGCCUCUGUCUUUAACACCCAUGAUGGGCUCUGGGGCCACCAGAGCCCUGUGUUGGAAGACCAUGACUGGGGGUCUGAUAAACUCCCAGCUGACCCUGAACUUGUUCGAGACUUGCUGCUCCAGCUGUAUGCGCCUAAAUCUAUGGGGGCUGAUAGGAUUCGUCCCAGGAUACUGAAGGAGCUGGCUGAUGUCAUCGCAGGACCUCUAUUCAUUAUUUUUCAAUGGUCUUGGGAGUCUGAAGAGGUCCCAGUUGACUGGAAGCUAGCAAAUGUCCCAAUUUUCAAGAAGGGUAAGAAGGAAGACCCUGGUAAUUACAGACCUGUCAGUCUCACUUCAGUGCCUGGUGAAAUUAUGGAGAAGGUUAUUCUGAGAGUUACUGAAAAACACUUGAGAGACAACACAGUCAUUGGUCAUAGCCAGCAUGGGUUCAUGAGAGGAAAGCCCUGCUUAACCAACUUAAUUUCCAUUUAUGACAAGGUCACCCAUCUAGUUGAACAAGGGAAGCCAGUACAUGUGGUGGUUUUGGAUUUUAGCAAAGCUUUUGAUACUGUCUCUCACAGUAUCCUUCUGGACAAACUGUCCAGCACACAGCUAGACAAGUCCAUACUACGUUGAGUGAGCAAUUGGCUGAUGGGUCAGGCUCAAAGAGUUACAGUAAAUGAGAUUACAUCAGGCUGGUGACCAGUCACCAGUGGGGUUCCCCAGGGCUCAAUUUUAGGGCCAGUGGUCUGUAAUGUUUUUAUAAAUGAUCUGGACACAGAAAUCAAAUGUAUAUUAAGUAAGUUUGCUGACGAUACUAAACUGGAGGAGCUGUGGACUCCCUCGAGGGUAGAGAGGCCUUACGGGGCGAUCUGGAUAGGCUAGAGAGCUGGGCAAUCACCAAGCGUAUGAAAUUCAAGAAGAGCAAGUGCCGGAUUCUCCACCUGGGACGGGGUAAUCCUGGUUAUA